CGCAGGUGGGGUUUGCGUUCUUCUCGUCAUUCUUCAUGGGAGAGGUGGAGGUGAGGCAGGAUGAAUGGAUUCACCUGUGUCUCUGGUAUGACCACACCCAAACCACACGACGUCUCUAUGUGGCCGGUCACCAGGUGGCCCAGGAGCAUUUCACUGCCCCACGACCCUUCUUCUUAAAUGGCACUCUUGUUGUUGGUCAAGAACAAGACGACUAUCCAGGAGGUGGCUUCGAUUGGUAUCAGAGUUUUGGGGGGAAGGUGACGUUGGUGCAGCUGUGGAACAAACCACUCCCUGAUGGUGAGAUUCAGAAACUGGGGUCAUGUAAUACAGACACAGAGAGAGACUUGCUUGACUGGGAGUCUGCACCAUUUGAACUACAAGACUCACCAAAAUGGGAUGAAUUACCUGUUUCUGAGCUGUGUCGUCCACCUGCACCACCCAUAAUAAUUUUCCCAGAAAUGCGGACAAUGCCAGCUACCAGAAAGUUGUGUGCAGUAAUGGGUGGAGAGCUGUCAGUGCCCCAAAAUGCAAAAGAGAAUGAAUUGAUGAUGACACUGCUAGAGGAUCAUAGCUCUACCUGUGGCCGACGGGUUGGGCUCUGGCUGGGGGCUACCGAUGAGCAGACAGAGGGAGUCUGGCGCAAUAUGGCCACAAACAACAUUCUCACCUUCAUGCCCUUCACAUCACGUCAGCCUGAUGGACAGAGGAAUGAGAACUGUCUAUUGCUAGAUUACACUCGCGCUGGGUGGUCAGACUGGUCUUGCAGUGUGUCCAAUCAGUUCUGUAGCUCUUGCAGCUUCCCUGCCAUUCAAGUCUACAUCCUCCGUGGACUGUGUGAACCUGACACCACAAACACUGUGUUCAGCCUGCGGGGGUAUAGAGGUGGGCGACCCUACUGGCGUGGACUCUUCAAUUACCAGGUGGAGUAUCAGGACUCUCACUGGAUUCUACUGGACCUGUGGACCAACACCACUGUGGCCACCCUGGAGGCGCUCAGCAUCACCAAGUACCCCGACGGUAUCAACAUGUGGACAGUGAUGGAGGAUAAGAGACUAUGCACAGCAAGGGUGGGAGAGGAGAGGUUGCUCUCCCUCACACGGUGUAUGGAGGGCAAAUUCACCUGCACUGAUGGUUCGUGUGUGAGCGAGUCUCAACGGUGUGACCUACGUAACCAAUGCUCAGAUGGCAGUGAUGAGGAUGGAUGCCACAAUGUGAUUACCCCCCUGGGAUAUCGCUCUAACCUGCCCCCAGCACCUGUCCUAGCCAACCACACUGCCACACCCAUCUCCCUCCUCAUGCAGCUGGAAAGGUUCAGUAAAAUUGACACUCUCAACAUGGAGGUGUCACUGGACUACAUUGUGGAAGUGAACUGGCUUGACUCCCGCCUCACAUUCACCAACCUCAAGCCUCCACCCAAAGUCAACAUCCUUCUGGUGAGUCUCACACAUUCACUAUCAAUGUGUUGUUUAAUAAACAUUUUAUGUACAGGUAGAGAUAUCAAAAUAACAAUACAGUAUAAGGAAACCUUGCUCAGAAUCACUGCUAUGUACACUACAGUCAACCAAAGAUGCCUCAACCCUACCCUGGGUCUCAUACUUGCAAAUUUACCUGGCAAUAUCUUGGUAAAGUAA